CGUUUUUGUAUGUUAGUGUGUGUGUUGUGUUUUCAGAGCUUCGUUGCAGUUCUACCCACUGCUCUCGCGAGGGAGGGAGAGGAAAAAUGAGGCCAUGGAGGGUUGCCACUCGGGCUCUGUGGAUGCUGCGUACUACUACUACUACUACUACUACUACUGCUACAGUGCAGGGGUGGCACAGCAGAAGAGCGCCAGCCCCGCACUCCCUGGCUCGCGUCUCCACUCAGGUUUCGGAAUGUUGAAGAUUCGAAGACGAGAAGAUCUGAGUAGGAGCUACUCUACUGCGACAUUUGCGCACGUAAAUACGCCAGAUAACAAUCCUGAUUUGAAAUGGGAUUUCACUCCAGCGAACAUGGAAAAGGUUAAGGAAUUGCUCUCCCAUUAUCCUAAGAACUACAAACAAUCUGCAGUUAUUCCUUUGCUCGAUUUAGCUCAACAGCAGCAAGGUGGAUGGCUUCCAGUACAGGCCAUGAAUAGGAUUGCAGAGAUAGUUGGAUAUGCACCAAUUCGUGUGUACGAAGUGGCUACUUUCUACUCCAUGUUCAAUCGUCAACCAGUUGGCAGGUAUCAUUUACUCGUGUGUGGAACUACACCAUGCAUGCUGCGAGGAUCUCGAGAGAUUGAGGACGCUCUCCUGAAGCAUUUGAAUGUAGCUCGGAAUGAAGUUACAAAGGACGGUUUGUUUUCCGUGGGUGAAGUAGAGUGCAUGGGCUCCUGUGUGAAUGCUCCAAUGAUUGUUGUUGCUGACUACUCCAAUGGUGUUGAAGGCUACUCUUACAAUUACUAUGAGGAUUUAACUACCGAACGAGUUGUGGAGUUGGUGGAGGAGUUGAGACAGGGAAAGAAACCCAAGUGGGGCACACAACACCCAGAAAGGAUCAAUUGCGGGCCAGCAGGUGGCAACACGACGUUGUUGACAGAACCUAGAGCACCUGCUUGUCGGGACUUAGAUGCGUGCUGAGUGGUCAUUGUCAUCUUGUGUGAACAUAUUCUCCGUUACUUCGUUGAGGUUCCGAUGAUGUCUAUUUGUAAAAAAAAAACCUGCCAAAGCCUUACUAAUUAUGCUGUUGAGUUCGCAACUUCCCCUAUCUUAUUAGAUUAAAAGAUGAUCUUAAGUUUUUGUGUGAGUAGUGGUGGUUCUUGGUGAGGUUUCAAGAAUUCUUUUGUUCGAAGCGAUGGUUUUGACAAAAGAAUGGAUGUUGUUCACUUAGAUCCGCACGGCCGAGCCCUACUUCUUUUUUCUAUCUAUAUUAUAUGUUGCUUAAUAUUCAAAAGUAGGUUGUUUCCCUUCCA